UAAUGCGCAUGCGCAGACCGUCCACGUUGUGACUCAUCCAGACUGCUGCAAAGAUUUGAGGGGGUUCCGCGGUCAUGGGGGAGCAACGGCAAGUUCGAAGUACCUUCUUAUGGGGGCUGAGUGGCAUUUACCUGUGUGCAUUCCUGUCACUGUAUACGCAGAUACCAGGGCUAUAUGGACGUGAAGGAAUCUUGCCAGCAUGGAAGAUGCUUCGCUUCACUGGGAAAGGCUUAUGGGAACAGUUGAAUGACUCCCCGACAUUGCUGUGGCUAGGUCCCCGGAUAGGGCUGGACACGGAGCAGAGCAUGGAACUAAUCUGUUUACUUGGGACUGUCCUUUCUUUGGGUGCUUUGCUUUUCAACUGCUUUCGGGACAGCUUAAUUUUUCUACUGCUGUGGAUCCUCUACCUCUCCCUCUGUCAGGUUGGACAGGUGUUCCUUUAUUUCCAAUGGGACAGCCUGUUACUGGAAACGGGAUUCCUGGCAAUAUUGGUAGCCCCAAUGCAUCUUUUGCGCUCAAAGAUGAAUGUCUGGAGUGCCCAUGACGGCAUCACUUUCUGGCUUAUUCGAUGGCUGCUUUUUAGGCUUAUGUUUGCCUCUGGAGUUGUGAAACUAACAAGUCGGUGUCCAACAUGGUGGGGACUUACUGCUCUAACUUACCACUAUGAGACACAGUGUAUUCCAACUCCGGCUGCUUGGUAUGCUCAUCAGCUUCCUGUGUGGGUCCAGAAGCUGUCUGUGGUUGCCACCUAUGUGAUAGAAAUUGGGCUACCAUGGCUUUUCUUCCUUCCCUCAAGAAGGCUUCGUCUCUUCUCAUUUUAUUCUCAGGUUGUGCUGCAGGUGCUGAUCGUACUUACUGGGAAUUACAAUUUCUUUAACCUGCUGACCCUGGUUCUUUGCUUUUCUCUGCUGGAUGACCAGCACUUGAAAUCUGUCCCGAAAGGAAGGAAAGGACAGCAGAAAGGCCGUGGGUUCUCCAUGCAGUCUUUGGUUGUGCUCUUCGAUCUCCUGGUAUUUGGUUUGCUAGGGUUCUGGACUGUAAAAUACUUUGAGCUACAAAUAAACUUGGAAAAGUAUCAUGUGGAAUCUAACACUGCAUUUACGUACCAUGAUUUCCUGAAGUGGCUCCGCAUGCUCACAUUUCCCUCUAUUUGGCUGGGAGCUGUAUCUCUUGGUUGGGAGAUUCUUAAAGGGAUGUACAGGAGUGCAGCUGUACGAGGACAGUUCUGGAAGCUCUGGGCUACAAUACAAUGGGUUGUUUUCUCCAUUGCUACAGUUGGGAUGUUUACUAUCAGCCUGGUACCCUAUACAUACAUAGAUUUUGAAUCAAAUGGUCAACUUUGGCCAUCUGUGAAUCGGAUGUUUAAGAAAGUGGAUGGUUACCAGCUAGUCAAUUCCUAUGGUUUAUUCAGACGCAUGACUGGUGUGGGAGGCCGGCCAGAGGUUGUGGUUGAAGGAAGUUAUGACAAAGAGACCUGGACGGAGAUCGAGUUUAUGUACAAGCCGGGAAACGUUAGUGCGCCUCCUCCAAUAGUCACACCUCAUCAACCUCGGCUUGACUGGCAAAUGUGGUUUGCUGCCCUUGGGCACCACACACAGAGUCCAUGGUUUACCAGCUUUGUUCAUCGUCUUCUACAGGGAAACCAAGAUGUGAUACGAUUGGUGCAGAAUGAUGAGUCGCUCUAUCCUUUCAACUCGCAACCCCCUCUUUAUAUACGAGCCCAGCUGUACAAAUACUGGUACACAGAGCUUGAUCAGUCAGGGCACACACCUAGUAACUGGUGGCGGCGACGUCACGUGGAGGAAUUCUUUCCAGUGGUGUUCCUAGGAGACCAUACGCUGGAAUCUCUUCUAACCCAGCAUGGCUUAAAGGAUAAGCCACCUCCUCGCCGUUCCUUAGAUGCUCCAUUACCAUCAGUGCUCCGGUUUAUACGAGACAGUUUAGUGCCGUACCCUGCUCCUUUACUACUGCAUUCACUGCUUAUUGCAGUAGUUGUCAUUUUUUCCUUGCAGGCUUUAUUUAGUAGAGGUAACCGUUCAGGAGUCUCUAAGCAGCGGGGUCCUACAAAACCGCAGAGCGAGAAGAAAAAGCAGAAAGAGGGCAGCAGACAAGGAGAGUCUGGGGGCUCAGGAAAGGAUUCUAGUCACAAUAACAAGAGGCGUGAAAAAAGCUAAUGACUGCAUCAGAGGCCUGAGACUAUCUCCACCAGGCACAACCGCCCAGUAAUCUACCAUUUGGAUAUAAACGCGUCAUUUCUCCAUUUUACACUUGUGAAGUUUCAUUGUGUUGACCAUUCUCUGUGGUAAUCAUUGCAAGAAUUGAUCCUUAUUUCUAUUGGGCUUCCUCAUAAAGAUCCAUGACCACUGCGAAGUGAAUUUACUAUGCACCACCUCUUUCACUUCUGUUUUUAAACUUGUUUUUAUUAGAUAUAUAUGCAGAUUAUCUAAAUUCUAAACUAGUUUUACCCCCGAGUUUAUAAGUGCAAAGCUGGCCGUAGCUGAACCAUUAUUGCUAAAAUAUAGAUGUCAUUUUACUUGAUAUAUUUAUGGACUGGCCCUGUCGGAACAUAAGUAAUUAUGCGGUUAUUUUGUUAUUUACCUACAUCCAACGUAAGAUUUAUCAAACUGGUGUAAAGUAGAACUGGCUUAGUUGCCCAUAGCAACCAAUCAGAUUGCACCUUUCUUUUUUAAGAUCUUCAUUGGAAAAUUAAAAGGUGGAUUUUGGUUGCUGUUGGCAUCGAAGCCGGUUUUUCUUUGCACCAGUUUUGAUAAACCCCCCCCAAUUGGUCCAUGCAAAUGCACAAUAUUUCCCACAAUGCACAUGAUUUAGUAAGUGAAGAAUUGUCUAUAUGGUGGUAAAUAUAUUUGGCGUAUGGUUCUUUCCCAAGAAGAGAAAAAAAAGUGCAUGCUAGUCAUAUUGUGAGGACCUCUUUAUUGAUUGUGCUUACCAUUCUAGUUGCCAGCCUCCUUACUUAAAGUGCCUUAUUGAUUUGUCAGUCUCUCAGUAGAAGCCUUAAGUGCCUUUAUUACAUAUGACUUUGGCACAACUUGCCUGGUCAAGUCUAAACAGUAGGUUUUUAAGUUUCUCUUUAUGGAGUUGUCAUGCUACUGUUCAUAAUAUGGAAACAUUAGGGGAGAUUUAAGCUAAUUGCACCAAAGUUCUGGGUUAAUUUGCACCCAAAAAAAAGAAAGCAUGGUUUGCACCACAUGUGGGUUUUUUUAGACCCUUUUUGCACAUUGACUAGGUGUGUGCAAGAAAGGUGUGGCUUUAUGAGAAACUGGUGUGGUUUAAGAUUCAACAUCAUGUGCCAAAAUCCAUCAUGUGCCGUAAA